AUGAUGCAACAAAGAGUUGAUCCUCCUCCUGUUCAUUUACAACUCGAGCAUCUACAUCCUGCUGGUGAGUUUGUUCUUACAAAUGAUUGGUUCAUGCCCAAACUAAUUGCACUUACUGCACUUAGCUUCAGGCCUUCUCCAACACUUGAAAGGUGCAUUUCCGAUCUUGCCGCAAUGCUUACUAGGAGGAUACUGAAAACCAGGAUCAUCAACCAGCGCUUCGUUGAUCUAGUCGAGUUCCAGAUUUGUUUGCUCUUCCAGGACGACACGGGAGGCCUAUAUGUUCGAGGGACUAAAGGCGAUAAUUGGAUCCACGUAAAUCCAAUCAAAGGCGCCUUAGCGGUUAACAUAGGUGACUCGUUGCAGAUCAUGAGCAAUGAUCGAUACAAGAGUAUCGAGCAUUGUGUAGCAGUUGAUUCGAGCAGGGCUCGAAUAUCCAUACCGCUAUUUGUGAAUCCUUGCUUUGACAGUGUCAUUGGUCCAUUUUCACAAAUGUUGAAAGAUGGAGAAAAACCAGUGUACAAACAUGUCUUGUUUUCUGAUUAUUGGGAUUAUUUCUUUCGUAAGAGGCCUUCUGGUAAAGCAUCACUAGAUUUUGCUAAAAUUUGA